CGUAGAUUACUUUUACAUUUCCGCGUUCAAGUUAAGCUGGAGUUUUUAGUUUUUUUCCUUGUUUUUGAGAGAAACUGCCAGUGAACUGCUAUUUCUACUGGUACAGCAUUCUACUUCUGGUGAUUGUUCUGGUUGGAUGGGAGAAGGCUGUGGAUCCUGGUUUCCUCAGCAGCAAUUUGAUUGGCAAUCACCCAACUUGAAUUCUGUGGCUGCUCCACAUCCUUUGGGACAGCAAAGUAGUAAUCCUCAAUUCAUAAACUUUAGCACUAGUAUGGUCUCAACCACUGGGACUUCGCCAGUUUAUGCAAGUACUGAAUUACCUCACUUGGAGGUUGGUCAUGUUAUCGAGCCUCGUGGCUGGUUUUACUGUUUACCCCGCUAUCCACAGGUCUUUGUGCCUGCUUCAAACUCUCCCUUGAAAGAGCAACUCCCAUCUAGCCCUUAUGAAAAUCAUAUGGAAAAUAUUAUCCCCAAGGCAGGGUCUGGGUGUGCUCGGAAGAGAUUUCUUGUUUUUGAUCAAUCUGGUGAUCAAACUACACUGAUUUUGAGUUCUGCUUUGGGGACUCCUAUCAAGUGCCUGACUUCUUGGGGUCCAAAAUUUCCUUCUGCUUGUAACUUUAAUCGGGAAGAUCCCAUAGCUAAAGUAAACCCGAAUCUUCAGUCUCGACCAAUAUCUACAGAUGUAUUUGAUGACAAUCGGACUGAUGUGCAAAGUGAAAUGCAUGAAGACACUGAGGAGCUCAAUGCCCUGCUUUAUUCGGAUGACGAUAGUGAUUAUACUGAGGAUGAAGAAGUUACGAGCACUGGUCAUUCUCCUGGUAUAAUGACAGCCUAUGAUGAGCAAUUUGAAGGAGGCACUGAAGAGGUUGCUAGCUCUACUGGACUAACUAAAAAGCGAAAACUGCUUGACAGCAGUAAUGAUUAUGUGCCAUUGCAUAUGGACACUGCUAGUAACAGAUGUUCGGAGUAUGAGGGUGAUUCUGAUUCCAGCCGUGCCAAUGGCCAAAAUCUGGGGUCUGAUGAUAUGGAUUCAUCUUCAGGCAACAAGAAAAUAAGAAAGGAUAAAAUUCGUGACACUGUGAGUAUAUUGCGAAACAUAAUCCCAGGUGGAGGGGGCAAGGAUGCGAUUAUGGUUCUUGAUGAAGCUAUUGAUUACCUGAAAUCCCUGAAACUCAAAGCCAAAACUUUGGGACUUAAUACUCUCUGAGUUGCCGCUGUUCUUACUAGUAGUGUUAGUGGUAGCAUCUGUCAUUAUUAGUCAUUGUUAAUGGAGCGUGUUAAAUAAGUGAAGUAUAUACUGUUGUGCAUGGAGCUGCAUAUAACUUGGGUUCUUCCAAUGAAGGAGCUGAGAAUUAGAAGAUGGUAGAGAGAGAACUUGAACCCCCUUCUUAAGUCUUUCUUCAAUGAUUUGAGUUGGAAACCAGAAGCUUUGGCAUGAAAUCUCUAUUUUCUUGAGAAAGCAGCCCUAGUGCUGUAUUUGUGUCCCAAUAAAGGAAGGUGAAUCAUUAGUCUUCAUCUUGGGGUUUAGAGAAAGUAACACUCACACCUGGGCAUGGGGUUUGGUUGUGUGAAUGAGAAGACUGGGCGUUCUAGAGGGACCCCCAUAAAGGGGGCCAAGUGCACGCCCCUUGGGUGUUUUCGGUCCCAAUCUUCACUUUCAUCUUCCUUUUUGUAUUCUCGUCAAGUGUUAUAGUUGUGGGUUCCCUUUUCUUUGAUGUAGAAAAUUGCACGAGCAAAAGAGCCAUCUCCCAUUUCAUCAUUCAACAACUUGCCGGAAGGG